AUGCUCUUAAACCAGCUGAAAGAGAUCACAGGAAUUCAAGAUUCAGCUUUCCUCCAUGCGGCUCUAAAGGCUGCUAAUGGAGACCUAACGGAAGCGGUCACCUUCCUGACGGAGGAGCACGCUCGGGAGCCGGCUCAGGACGCGGCCGCUGCAGAGCCGUCCGCUUGGGAAGGGAGCGCUGUGGGCAAACAGCUCCCACAAAAUGUUACUGCUGCACUUACCCCUGACAACAAAGAUGACCUCCGCGCAGUCGACGCCUUCAGACCACUGGAAUCGCCAAAAGCUCAGGCUGCAGAAAGAGACGCUGCUGAAAGACCGCAGGAGGCGCGUUCCGCUGAAAGCAAAAAUCGCUCCAAAAGGAAACGCUGUGAAGUCUGGGGAGGGAACCCCAAGCAGAAUGACUGGAGAAGAGUGGGCGACUGGCCCGUUGGAAUGAAAAAUAUUGGCAAUACGUGUUGGUUUAGCGCUGUCAUACAGUCGCUGUUUCAGCUGCCGGAAUUUCGGAGGCUGGUCCUUGGGUACUCCCUCCCUCAAGACGUGCUUGAAAGUUGUCGUAGUCGCGCUGGAAAAAGAAAUAUUGUGUUCAUGCAAGAACUUCAGUGUCUGUUUGCUUUAAUGCUGGGGACGCGUCGUAAGUUUGUGGACCCUUCUGCAGCACUGGAACUCUUGAGGGAUGCGUUUAGAUCCGCUGAAGAACAGCAGCAAGAUGUGAGUGAAUUUACACACAAACUACUGGACUGGCUGGAGGAUGCGUUCCAGCUCGCUGUGAACGUCAAGAGCCCUGGGGACAAAUCCGAAAACCCGAUGGUGCAACUUUUCUACGGGACUUUCUUGACUGAGGGUGUCCAUGAGGGCAACGCUUUUUCCAAGAUCGAAGCCUUUGGUCAGUAUCCCCUUCAGGUAAACGGUUAUCGAAACUUGAAUGAGUGCUUGGAAGGAGCCAUGGUGGAGGGAGAGAUGGAUGAGGCGACGGCAUCUCAGUCGGUGAAGUAUGGACAGGAGCGCUGGUUUACAAAACUCCCACCAGUACUGACCUUUGAACUCUCCCGAUUUGAGUUCAAUCAGUCACUGGGACAGCCAGAGAAAAUUCACACCAAGCUAGAAUUUCCCCAGACUAUUUAUAUGGACAGGUACCUCUACUGCAGUAAAGAGCUCAUUCAGAUGAAGAGAGAAGAAAUGAAGAGGCUGAAGGAGAAAAUGGCGAUUCUGCAGCAGAAACUGGAAAGGUACAUGAAAUACGGCUCUGGCCCAGCCCGCUUUCCGCUGCCUGACAUGCUCCAGUACGUUCUCGAAUUCAUCGCUACAAAGCCAGCUGUAGAUUCUUCUGCUCGGGGCUCUCGGACAACGCUCCUGCAGUCCCCAGCCGAGCCUCGUGUUCUGGACGUGCUUUCGCAGCCGAACGGCAUACUAGAAAGGAAGGAUACUGGGACUGAAGAUGCGGCUUUCUUUUUGGCAAAUCCCUCGCCGCAGCAAAAAUCGAGCACGCCGCUCCAGCCUUCUGGUCCGCCAGCAGAAAUGUCUGAAGGUCCGGCUCCUCACGUGGUUUCCGAGGAAGAGCUGACCCUUGUUCGGACAUGUCUGCAGCGAUGGAGAAACGAGAUCGAACAAGACGUGCAAGAUCUGAAGGAGUCUAUUACCAGGAUCAGCCUGUCCAUUGAACAAAUGUACUGUGACCCUCUCCUCCAGCAGGUUCCCUACCGGUUGCACGCUGUCUUGGUGCAUGAAGGGCAAGCAAAUGCUGGUCACUACUGGGCCUACAUAUACGACCAGCCUCGAAAAAGCUGGCUCAAAUACAACGACAUCUCAGUGACAGAAUCAUCGUGGGAAGAAUUGGAGAGAGAUUCCUUCGGAGGCUUGAAGAAUGCCAGUGCCUACUGCCUGAUGUACAUAAGCGAUAAGGUGUCCCGCUUUGUUGCAGCCUUUCCUAGUGCAUGCGUUAUUGGUAACAGCGGCUUAGACUCGCAA